GACUAGAUUAUUCGCAAUAGAUUGAAUCGAAGGAGGAACGGUGUCAUGAACUUCCGAGAAUCGAGACUGCGUUACGCAUGGAGGUUCCGCUCCCACCAAAUCAGACGCAAUGAGUCCUGCGAUCGACACGCGAUGCAUUUACGUACACCCAUGUUUUUGUGCGAUUCAAGGCUGAUGACAGCGUAGUGUUAACGUCCGGAGUAGUGAAAGCCUUUGAAUUUUUCCGACAUAAAGCUCAGAAUGUUAUUCAGCGAUCGCAGACAUGUUCGGACCUCAAAUUAGCGUAUUGUGCGGUCUCCUCAUAUUAUUCGCCCUAGGCCUCAUCGGGCAGGAAACCUCAGCAUGGUCAAUUUCGCCGCAGUGGUGCCAAACAUUCUGCUACCAGCGAGAUGGGUUUUUCUCUGGUGACGAGGGCAAUGUCUAUCCGGUUUCGGAGGGAAAAGUUCUUAAGAAAUACGGAAUCGGCUACUGGUGCUCCUGCCCCUCUACGAAGGUUUUCAAGGAUUACUUGGAGAGCCAUAAUUUUAAAUUUUCGGAAAAGCACAGGAAUCGCAAGCGCUUGCGUACUGCCUACAACUCACAUAGGCACAAGAACUUGAGGAAUGUAACUUUUUACAACGGGAAGGACGUCUUGAAUUAUGUGAAGCAAACUUGGAGGAAUUUCGAUCUGUCUCAGUAUAAAGCACACGGAACGGAUUACGUGCCAAACUGGUCCGACCGUUCUAUCAACCAUUAUUACGAUGAAAAAGACCAAAAAUUCAAACAAUUGACGAGCAAACAUAUUGCGGAUAUCACGGGUAUCAAAAUCUAUUUGUGAAAAAUUACAAAUUUAGAGCAAACUGAUGUCGAGAAUUGUCAAACAUAGUUAUACAUUCUAGGCUAGUGACGUAUAAUAAAUGAAGCAGUAAAUAGGACUAAUUAAGCUAGAGUAACAAUAAAGAAUAAAACACCAGUAUUUUGUAAGAAAAUCAGCUAGCUCAAUAUGAAUUGCGACACUCCUUUAUGCUUUGAAUAUAAGUAUUGACUCGGAAAUCAGAAUGAGCGCAUUAAGAAAGUCUACUUUUCCUCACUUCCCAAAUCGUGUGAGAGAUCUCGAGAAUUUUUGAGUUUUUUACUUUUAACAGCAUACCACGGCAAAAAAGGUUUCAGUUUUAUGGGUGGGAAAUCCGGUUUCAUAAUUUCGCAUGCAGCUCAAAUUGGCUACCACCAUGCGACGCAAUUUCUAUCAUGAAAAAUCAAAACAAAAAUAUUCAUACCAUCGAACGGAACAUUGAAAAACAGGAGCGCAAAGUUGGUAGAUGAGAGGCGUUUGUUUUUCAUGGGUUUGUCACGAUACUUACGCAUCCGUGUUUUGAUAAUUAACGCUCAGGGAAAGCAAAAAAAAAAAAAAAAAAA